AUGAAGGCACAGACUGAAGAACUGCAGAAGUCUUGGGGUCCUGUUGCACAUCACGUGGCUGCGUUGAUCAACUCCUUGGUGUUGCUCCACGACGUAGUUCUGGCGCUCUGCAUGCUCCCACGGGGCCUUCGAAUUUGGAUACAAGGUGAUGUUCCAAAAGGGGUAACCAUAGCUGGGGUUGAAUUACUGGUGACAUCCGUCCAACCUCUUCGCCUGGCAGUGGACUCGUCAUCUGUCCUGGUUCCUGUCCCGGUGUGCGACCAGCCUGCUCUGUAUCGGAUUUUGGACUUAUGCUGUGGCUUGGGUGGGUUCACUGUCGCUGCUGAGCGUCUUGGUUUUGGGGUUCGGGCUGGCGUUGAUCAGAACCCGUUGUGGCGCAAGUUGUUCGAGUCCUUUCAUCCAUCGGCAUCCUUCAUCCCAGGUGACCUGACUGAUCCUUUUGUGUUGCAGCAGCUGCUUCAACUUGGGGCCUUUCAUGGGGUGGUGUGUUCUGGAAUUGCCUGCCAGCCUCACUCGAUCUUGGGUGACAGAAGAGGGAUGAAUGACCCACGUUCUGAUAGCCUCCCCAAAACUUUGGUGGUGUCUUGGAUGAUGCAAGCUGCGGUGUUGAUCUUGGAAUGCACACCUGAGAUCUUGAGAGACCCUGCUGCCCAAGAGAUGCUCAGGCAGUACGCCAUUGACACAGGAUACCGUAUGGCUCAGGGCAUUGUGAAGCUUGGCAAUGCUUGGUGCAGUCGCCGUGACAGAUGGAUUGCCGUGCUUACUGCCCCUGUGGUUCAUCCGUGUGAGAUCGUGGAUUUGCCUGUUCUUGACUCCAUUCGGGUUGUCGCUGACUUGAUCCCAGAGUUUCGCAUUUGGCAUCAGUUUGAGCAGGCUCAGCUCACCUUGAAUCUCUAUGAGCUGUCCAAGUACUAUCAGUACGCAGCUGGGGGCAUGAACGCAGUGUGGAUCAAGAUGGAUGAAAAACUUCCCACGCUCCUCCACAGUGCUGGCAAUCAGUUGUACACAUGUGCAUGUGGUUGUAGGGCUGCCCUGAGUGAGACCCGUCUCCAACAACGUGGAUUGAUUGGCACUUUGCUGAAGCUUGGCACUUCCCAGGUUCACAUGCACACAUGUAUGGAGCAUGCACGGUAUCUGCACCCCCUUGAGAUGUGGGCCCUCCUUGGAGGCAUGCCAACGGUUUCCAUGGGACACAACCUCCGUUUAGCCAUGGCUGGGGUGGGGCAGGCAGUUGCACCGUUGAUGGGGCUUUGGAUUUUUGCCCAUGUGAAAAGAUGUUUGGACUUGACCAUGGAAUCUUCUUCACCAUGUGACCCCAUGCAAGAGCUCAAGGCAUACAUGACUGAGGUGACUGCCAGCUGUAGGGAAAUGUGGCCACUUCCGGUUGCACCGACGGUCAUUGAAGCAUCCGCUGAUGCAUCCGCUGCUGAAGCUGUGCCAGAUCCGAUUGAAGAUGAUGUUGAAGCAUCGAUCACUUGUGUGAUCACACAUCCGUGUACAGAUGAGCCCGAUUUGUCCUGCCGUGUUGCCUCGUCUGCUACUGGUGCCCAGCUUUUGGCCGCUGAGGUUUCUCUUGGUUCAGCUGUCCCAGGUUCUCAGUCGAGGGUUGAUGGACUUCCGUGUGACCCUGCCAAACCUUUGCACGAUGGAGCAUUGGUCUCUGUGGUCUCUCCUUCAUGGGAUCCAGCUCAGCUCAAAGCAGAUCAGUAUUUGCCAUGUUGUUUUGACAGCACUGAGGUUGUACAGCAAGCCUUGCCGUCAGGUGUUGAUCUGCCUGUAGGGUCUGUCACUGGACGAGAUCAGCUUGCCGAUCUUAGGUGGCCAGAUAUGAAGCGCAUUGAGCGACAGAACCUGUUGGGCAUGCAAGGGCCAGUUUGGGGUGAUGAUGAAAUCAUGCAUGGCUUGUUGCAAAUUGCAGUGCUCACUGUCAUUGGACUUUUUCGGGGUGGGGCCAUGGGGGUCUGGAAAUCUCACAGCACAGGUUUUGUCCCUGAGGGUCAUUGUGGUGCCAUGGUACUCUCAUUCAUCCGGCAUGUCUUGUGGGGUCACCCCCUUGUUCUGGAUCAAGCUGCUCUCUCUGCCUUUGCUGCGCAGGUCAGAUUUGAAUUCUCAGAUGGGCUUCCAGAGCCAUGUCAGCGUCCACGGUUGGCUGGUCUUGGUGUCAAUGUUCAAACCCGUUUGGCUCAGUUGCUUGUUCAGCAUGGAGUUGCAGAUGUGGACUCACUGGCCCGGGCAACCUUGGUUUUGAAAGCACUUGGGGAAGAAGGGGUCACUCGAGCUUUGGAUGCGGGUAAUCCCUGGAAAGAACUCAAAUGGUUGGGCAAUCAGUUGCGUCCCCCCUAUAUGUUGAUCAAGCCUUCAGAGUUGCAGGCCCAGGUUGAGAAGAGGGCAGCUGACAAACCGGUUGGAAACAAGCGUCACAAGCAGCCUAAGGGCAAAGGGAAGGGAGAUCGGCCAGGGAACAGCGUUGACCCAACUUUGCUGCGUUUGGAGCAUGGCAUCUUUCAGAGUGAUGAGGGUCAGCUACUGGGUCAAUUGACUUUGCCACAGGUUGGAUCUUCUGCUGCUGGGGUGGUUGUGUUGUCGGCCAACUGUGUUGAACCCUAUUUGCGUGCCCCUCAUGUCGUGUCGACUGGUCCCUUGGCUUUCUUUGUGGUGGAUUCUGAUGGUGUAUUCAACACCUCCUUUCCUGUCUCUGCUGAGCGGGUCCCCUUGGUUUGUGCUGCAAACUCCGAGCCACUCCUUGUCGACGGCCACCUGAUUCAGCUAGGUGCCAGAAAGGUGAUCCGUGCUCCAGCUCAGGUGGUUGCCCAUCCGUUGCAACAUGUGUUUGGACUUAUCCCACCACUUCAAGCCUGUUCGGAUGUUGAAUGUGGAGGCUGUGAGGCAUGGCAUCGUACUCCCAGUCUGCCGAUGGACACCCCGGUACUUGAGUUGUGGGGAAAGCAGUGGCUUCGUAUGGACUUUGCACAUUGCCCACCUGAAAAGGCAGAGAUGUUCUCUGCACACAUCCGCCUGCCUGAGCAACUCCAAUUGCAGGUGCAACAGUUUUCGGGGCAUAGUGGAGUGUACCUUGAGCCGAAAGCACUGGAUGGUCGGAAACCGUCACCAGAAUUCCAGGUGGUCUGGGUCCCAAAGCUUGAUGUGUCCCAACUGAUGGUCCAACGCCAAACUAUCCCUCAUGUGGUAGGCAUGGCUCGGCUGGGGAACAAGUAUGGUCUUCGUUGCCUUACAGAGCAUGCUGCUGAGGUGUUCGUCAAGCUCCGACCGGGGCACACCUUUCUUCCCCCUGGCAGGCGUCAGACGUACCUGGUAGGACCAUUUGCAUUCGGCACUCUCCAAGCAUCCGUUGCCCAGGCUCUUUUGUCUUCGGGCUGGACAGCCAAGCCUAUCCAAGCAGUUGCCGCCAAGUCACAUGUCCAAGGUCUUAUGUUCCGUGUCCAGUCGGUCCAGGACCCACCGAUGAAAGUCUUGCGUAUGGCCCAUGGUGAUGUCAUGAUUGCCAGAGAGGAUGAUCCGACUCAGCCGACCAGGGUUGAACCUAAGGUCGUAGCCACAACCGCCACGGAGUCCUUUGUGUCCAAGGCAUGUGAGGUGGACUACAUCCAAAAGCAUGAUCCAUGGGCGAAGGCAGCCAGCAAGCUUCCAGCCAAAGCUCAGGCCUUUCAAAUAGGAAAUCCCCUGGAAGAUGUGACUCAGAAGGUGCUCGCUGAGGUAAUGGCCCAGAUGCCCCGACACCAGAUGGAGGUUGAUGCUGACGAUGCAGUGGAUGGGCGUGUGACCCGUCUUGAGCAACAGGUCCAAGAGCUAGCGGGCCAAGCCCAAACCCUUGUGGCUGCCUCUCAGCAACAGGCCAGUGACAAUGCCAAGCAAUUUCAGGAGAUCCGGACCCAGGUCCACCAGCAGGGCACCCAGUUUGAGGCGGCGAUCUCCAACCAAGCCGCAACAAUCCAGACCUUCCAAGAUGCCUUUCAGGAACAGUUCAGACAACAGGUCUCGCACCAGCAGACGAUGUUGGACAACAUGUUCAACAAGCAGAUGAACCAAUUCGAGACGCUUUUGGCCAAACGUCCUCGCAUGCUUGGACUUUCCUUACCGGUCCAGUGCUGGGUCUUUUCGAUCCUUGAUGAUGUUGUCUGGCUUGUGCCUCUGGUCCUUUGGAUUUUGGCAGGUCUUCUCAGUGAGAUUCCUUUGGUGUGCGGGCAUGCUGGACAUGUAAUUGGAGCUUCGGUGUCGAUGAGGAGUGGGUCUUCUUGUCGCUCUCUUGGCUGUGCCUCAGCAUGGGGUCCAUGUGAGCCCUUUUCUUGGAGUGGUUCGACUGUGGCCUUCUAUGGCUUUGUGGUCUGUGUGCUCCUUUGGCUCGGUGGUCUGCUUCCUGGAAGUGGUCUUGGACUUGUAGUGGAUUGGCUGGGUGAUGGGGCCAUUGGACUUCCUCAGGACUCUUGGUGUGUGGGCCCCGGUGGACUUCUCUGGCCCUUGGCCUCUUGGAUUUCCGGCCACUUUGUCAGUUUUGGGGGGGUGUGGACACUGACCCUUGGACACUUGGCCUCUGGUCAUCGUGAAGAGCCAACUGGUGAUCCCGAUGAUCGCCCUCCUAAAGGUGCCGGUGCAAAGAAACGAAGGUUUCAAAUUGGCCUCAAUGAGGACAGGGAGUUCCCCCUCGGGAUCUUGGUGUACAGCAUGGCGGUGGUGUUUCACGAUUUUGCUCUUGUCAUUGGUCAGGGUGGGCGAGCUCCAAGUCCAGCCCGUCAGCGCACUGACACUGGCACGCAUACUGGAGUCAUGUUCCUGUCAAAGUACCCUGCCCGUGCCUUGCCUCACACGUUUGACAAGGCGGUCUAUGACUCUGCUCGCAUCCAGGUUGUGGGUAUGUCAGUAGCCGAGACUUGGGUCACCAUUGGGCUUCUGUAUGGAAUUCCUGAAAAUGCCCAUCAUAACCAAGCUAGGUAUCAGACUGAUGCUUUCUUGGCUGAAUUGGUGGACCGGGUUGGGUGUCAGACCACGGGACCCCGGGUCAUAGGGGGUGACUUUAACUUUGGCCCGUCGGAGCUUCAGCAGUUGGAUCGCCUCCAUGCACUUGGAUUUCGUGAGGUGCAAGACCUUGCAGCUUGGCGCUAUGGAAUUUCCGCCCAGGCCACUGGAAGGGGUUCUCGUCGAAUUGAUCAAAUGUGGAUUUCUCCUGAGUUGCAGAUGGCCUUCCAGGGUGUUCAGGUCUCCUUUGAUCACUGGGCUGACCAUGCUGCGGUGUGUGCGUCCUUCUCUGGUCCUGACCUGUCUUCUGUGGUGACCUCGUGGGCUGUCCCUCGUCCUUUUCCCUGGCCUAAGGAGUGGACUUGUCAGGUCAAUUUCGAUCCCACUGGCAACCUCACUGAGGAAUAUGCAAAAUUUUGGUGUCAAGUUGAGACUCAGGCUAAAUGUUGGAACCAGCAUCAUGGAGUUUUUGUGACCAAGAAGCAAUGUGGCAGGGCGGCAGUGCUUGAAACCACCACCACACGUGAACCAUGUUGUCCUGUUAAGAAGGCCCGAAAGGGUGAUGUUCAGCCAACCUACAUGGGCACCAGCCUUGAGCAUGCUCGUUACUUUCGGCAACUUCGUCGUCUUCAGUCGCUGUGCAGGGCGCUGCAGAGGGGGCCUACCAGCUUGGCAGGACGGUGCAACCGGGAUGAGACUUGGCGGGCUAUCCGGCGGGCUGUUGGAUUCCCGGGAGGUUUUGGACUGUGGUGGAAUGUGCAUGGCUUGGUUCCUGCCCUUGUUGCUCCCUUGCCGUUGAUCUGCCCUCCAUUGGACUUUCUCCAGGGCCUCUUCCUUGGGUUUCAGAGUUUUGUUCAGGUCUAUGAAAGAGAUCUGGCUCGCCAAAGGUAUCAACACGCCAAACAUCGGAGGGCCAACAACUUAGCUUUUGUCUUCCAGGACUGCAAAGAUGAUCCCUUGCCCAAAGCUGACACCUUGAUCGAUCGGGUUGAGGUGCAUGUUGAAGAAGUCAGGGAAGACGACUCCUCCGUGGUCCUUACGCAGUCUGCGUCCUUCCUUGACUCUCUGCCGUUGGUUUCUGAAGGCAAGGUUGUCCAGGUUGUUGCUCAUCAUGAAGAUCAGGUCUGGCUUGAAUCUACGGAUGGACUUUGUGCUGGCUCGGUUCUCUCCCAAGAAAGACCAGUCACUUCUGACACGGCCAUCUUGCAGAGGUUUGCUGAAGCCUGGGGUCCUCGAUGGGUGAAGCAGUCUCAUGUCCAACCAGGGCAGUGGACUCAAAUUUGUGGAUUUCUCGACCGGGUUCUUCACCCAAUCCCAUGGGAACAUAAACCCUGGACACUGGACACGCUCACCAUGGCCAUUCGUCAAAAGAAAUCCAAGGCAGCCAAGGGGCCAGAUGGUGUUUCUCAACCUGACUUGGCAAGUCUCCCUCCAACAGCAGUCGGAGUGCUUGUCCAGCUCCUUGAGCAGGUUGAAUCAGGCAAAGCAUGGCCUGCCCAAUUGGCCAAUGGAUUUGUCACGAGCCUUGCCAAAAGACCUGAUGCACAACAAGUUGACCAGUUUAGGUCUACCUGUGGACUUCCUGAAGGUUGUGCCUUGUCGGUUUUCGGGAUGGUCGUUGUCGAUUGGGUGCUUGACCUGUGGAUUUCUGCCCUGGAUGUGAAGGUCUGUUUGCGUACGUUCGUUGAUGACUGGGGUCUGCUUUUUCCUGAUGCUGGUGUCUUCCACCGUGUUUGGACUUCUGUUGAGGCCUUCACAGAGCAAAUGGACUUGGCUCUUGACCUUACCAAAACCAGGAUCUGGUCCACCCAUGCCGAUGCAAGGAAACAAUUCCGUGAAGGUCCCCUUGAGGUUACCCUGUCGCAACGGAACCUGGGUGCCCAUCAGAACUUCAGCCGUCACUGCCAUAAUGCGGAGGUUCAGAAACGCCUGGAGGGCAUGCCCAAAAUUUGGGUUCGGCUGCGGGCCAGCCAAGGUCCUUACAAUCACAAGAUCUCUGCUAUCCACAUGAUGGCUUGGCCUAGAGCCUUACAUGGGAUUUCAGUUGUGCACUUGGGUGAUGGCCAUUUCCGCACCCUGCGGUCUGGCGCGAUGCGGGCACUGAAAUCUGACCGAAAAGGGGCCAAUCCAACCUUGCAUUUGGCCACCUCAUCUCUGCUCACAGACCCUGAGGCCUGGGCAGUGGUACAAACUGUGCGUGAUGCCCGUGAUCUUGGUGACUACUCGAAGCUGGAAUCCCUUCUUGGUCUGUUUGCACAGCCAGACCAUGGUUUACCAUCCAAUGGGCCCACGGCCGUCCUGUUUUCCAGGUUGACUCGAUUGGGGUGGGGAAUUGGCGGUCAUGGCUUGGUCCAAGAUCGGUUCGGGUGUUUCAGUUUGCUGUCUGUGGGCUGGGAUGAGCUGUUUCUCCGCAUCAAGCUUGCGUGGGGUCAUGUUUUGUCUCAGGCAGUUGCUCAUCGCAGUACGUUUGCUGGCAUUGAAAACGCCGACCUGACUGAGCUGCAGCAUGCCCUGAAGGGUUUUGGUCCUGUUGAUCAGGUUUACCUGCGCUGUCACUUGGAUGGAACUUUGUUCACACAGAACGGUCGUGCCAAGUUUGCCCCGGGUGUUACAUCCAAGUGUCCUUGGUGUCCCUUGAAAGACGGCUUCCACCACCGGGCCUGGAUUUGCCCACACUUCGCAGCAUGUCGGGACCACCUGACCCCUGCCCAGUUGGAAAUGGUACCCACGCUUCCUUCGUGUCUUCGGAAUCAUGGCUGGCCUGUUGUUCUACCGGAGUGGGAUGUCUUUGCCAGGUUUCUUCUCUCGGACGAUGGAUUUUGUAGGAUGUCACCAGUAAUCCCCCCAACUUUGGGUACCCCUGAACCUGUUACGCUGUUUUUGGAUGGUACAACGGCUCAUCCAAAAGAGCCGAAAUUGCGCUAUGCAGCAUGGGCAGUGACUGUGGUCCCAGGAGGGCCAGGGACGCUGGACAACAGGGUUCUCAUGGGAGGCCACGUGGUGGGAUUGUGUCAGUCCCCUUUUCGGGCUGAACUUACAGCAAUGGUUUGUGCAGUCAGGUGGGCAGUGCAACGUGGACAGUUGGUACACUUGUGGAGCGACUGCCAAGGAGUGGUUAAGGGAGUUCAGAAGUUGUUGCAGAAGCGACCGCUCAAGCGGAACAGGCCGCAUUCAGACCUUUGGAUGUUCCUACAGGAUCUUCUUGCAGGCCAUGGCAGUUCCUUGGUCAAGGUAUUCAAAGUGGUGUCCCAUGGACAGGUUGCGCUGGCCACAGGGCCAUUAGAGGAAUGGGCAUACUGGCAUAACAACUUGACAGAUCGGGCUGCUGAGGACAUCAAUCAGAGGCGAUCCGCCGAUUUCUGGGUGGCAUGGACAGGCUUGGUCAAGGCGGUGAAUCUUCAUCGCGCCAUGCAUGUUGCGAUUUUGCAGGUUUUACUCCGGACUUGCAGAAUGGCAGCAGCGGAUCAAGUUCCAGCUCCUCCACCACAGGUUGUGAUUCCGGAG